AGCUGACAUGGUGAUUGUCCUUGUCCGAUUAGGCCGAUCAAUGAGGCCGAACAGAGAGAGAGAGGAGGAGGAGGAGGAGGAGGAGGAGGAAGAGGAGCAGGAGGAGGAGGAGGACUGAGGGGAUGUGUCUGUGUGAGUUGAUGGGGUGGGGGGGGGGGGCAGCUCCUCCCAUGAUUAAGUUAGUGUGCAGUGCUGGAGGUCGGUGUUUACAGGGCAGGCGAGGGAGUUUCCUUCACUCGGUGGACAGUGCAGCAGCAGCUCUCACUCUCUUCUCUGGCUCUGAAACUCAUCCCUCGCUCCGCGGGGACCUGAACACACAGGGGGAUCCAGGACGUCUCGGGAGGAGCAGCAGCAUCACCGGCUUCCAUCACCUCCUCCAUCACCACCGGCCCUCCCUACCUCUCCCCUGCCCGCCUGGUCCAGGACCUUGACUCCGCUGCCAUCAUGUGCGACUGUUUCCACCUGGCCUUCCCCAACUGGCACGCCGCCUCCUCCGGGACGGCUGGUCGGAGGCUGAGAGCACCGGAGCCCGGGACAGAGGACGACUCGGUAUGUGACGAGGCGUCUCAGUUCACCGAGGGAGAGAGACCCCGGCCUCAGGGAUCAUCCCCCGUCGAGGAGUUUCCUGAAAAAUACACAAACGGCGACAAAGAGUGUGAAGCAGAGCAUGACCCACGGCACAAGAGCGGAGGUGGAAAGAAAAGCAAAAAGUCUGGGAUUGGCUCCAUGUUUGAAAAGCGCUCGACUCCAAAGAUGAGUAAACUGAAGGAAGCUCACAGCCCCGAGUCUGAGGUGAUCGUGAAAACCGCCACAGAUGGAAGUGCAGAGGGUCUCGUUUACAGAGGAGGCGGCAAAGAGGGGAUCUUCAUUAAGGGAAUGGUGCCCGAGUCACCGGCCUCGAAAAGUCUGAAACUGAAAGAAGGUGAUCAGAUUCUGAGCGCCACGGUGUAUUUUGACGACGUGCCGUACGAGGACGCCGUUCAGAUUCUGGAGCACGCUCAGGCCUACAGGGUGGAGCUCUGCCUGAAACGCAAACCAGACAUCACAGAGACCGAGGCAGCCAUGGAGUCGGACGUCAUCCCUGAGGAAGAGCUUGGCGCUCCAGAGAUGAGGGAACAAGGAAAAACCAAAAGGCGUGGGGAUGCUCGUAUUUCCUGGCCCAAGUUUCCCUCCUUUGGAAAAGGGCGGAAGACCCGUUUCACGAGGUCUCACAGUUCCUCGGAGGCUGAUGAGCAGAGGAAGCUGGAGCUCAGUCCCACAACAAGUGACACAGAGUCACCGAUAAAGACCCAGGAUACUCUCAAAGGCAAGAAGAGGCACAAGAUGAAGCUGUCUCUCCUGACAAAGAGAAGCCGAAUAAGUUCCUCUGAAGACACGGACGCUCCAACAAACGGCCAGACCAGUAGCGAUGUUUACCAGACGGCCUCAGAGAUGCUCGAGCCUGAAUGCCUCGACAGCCUCUCAGGAGAUACACCUCAAGUCUACGUAACCGAAGAAUUACGACUUGACCAAAAGGAUCUGACUGAACCCAAAACUGCUCAACACAAGGUGGACCUCAUCUGUAUAGACAGCACUUUGAAAACAGCAGAUCUAACGGUGGCUCUGGCCGAUCAGGGAAGCUCCUCUGGCAUCAAGUCCCCAACGGAGAAGAAAAAGAAGAAGGAAAAGUCUGAGUUGAAGGUUAAAAUUUUGGGGAAGGAUAAAUCACACAAGAAGGAUGGAAAAGCAAAGGCCUCCCCGAAAAGGCUGAAGACUCUGGGGGCAAGUAUUGAAAUAGCAGAUCAAUCUGUAAAGGAAAAGUCAGAUUCCCACACAGACCUGCAGAGAGAUCAGCCAUCACUCGAUGCCAACUCCCAGAUGAUCAGCAGCGAAGCCUCAAGGGCGAAGCUGGAAAUGAGCGUACCAAAGGUUGAACUGGAUAUUUCCGAUGUCACAUUUUUUGGAAAAUCUCACCAGAAAGGUGAAGAGCAAGCAAAGAAAGACAAGGAAGCGAAACAAAAAAAGGAAACAAAGACAUGUCCAUCAUUCAAACUGCCUAAAAUUGGCCUAGGUGACAUAACAACUGAGGAAACUAUUCAAACAACGAGUGUAAAUGCUGAAUGCCCGACUAAAGUGGAAAAGCAUAUCGUUGAGGGUCCAGCACUGAAAGAUGAUCCUUACGACCGACUGUCCAAAAGCAGUCAUUCCAGGACACAACUUCCUAAACGUGAAGACAUUGAGAUCCCAGGUAUGGAGGACAUGUCUCUAAGGACCAAGGCCAAAGGAAUUAAAGAGCCUAAAGUGAUUUCAACAGGACGCUAUGAAGACAUUCAAACUGAAGAUGUACAAAUGUCAAUUGAUGUCGACAGCGUGAAGGAGGCAGUUUCGAAAUUGCCCGGAUUUAAGCUGCCACAGGUUGACACGUUUGGAAUGCCAAUCCCUGAAGAAAUCACUGUGAUAGAUGCAAACGCACAAAGAAUAUCAGUGAAAACACCGACUAAAGUCGCAGAUACACGAUCCAAACAUGAAGCGCACCUUAUUAAGUUUGACCUAGCAGCUGCUGAUUUAACCUCUGAGGAACUUUUGAUUCAGACCAAGGUAGAUUACAAAAAAACAGAAAAGGUCUUCAACAUCACGACAAAACAAAGUGAAAUCCAUCAACGGGAGGAAAUUGUAAUUCCAGGCAAAGAAAGUGUGAGGAAAGAGUUUGGAUUUAAAUUACCAAAACAAAUCAUCUCGGGGCAAGAAGGUGGAGGGAUUUUAGGAGAAAGGACGAUAUUGCUCCAAGAAGUUACAACAUCACAAACUGAAACAAGGAAAGACAAGGGGCAGAUGGGAGGAGUCAUAUCUGACGGCAAAGAACCGGAACUCGAUAGCAUCGAUUAUAUUGAUUCAGUAGGUGGUUCACCAGCUGAACGGGGCGGUGGCAUUAGUCUUAGAGGCUUUGGUGUUCAUCUUGAUGCUACAAGGCCAAGGGCGGACAUCUCCUCUGCAGACGUCAGAGGUGAAGACAAAGAAGUUGGAGCAGAGACGAUGGACAAGAAUAUAAGCAUUGAUGGAGCAGAGAUAAAAGUACUUCAGAGAAGAGAUGAGAUCAAGUAUAAACUACCGAAUGUUAGUGUUAGUCUCCGAAGUGUAGAUGCUGCUAUACAGGAGCAAAAGGUGGAAGUUGGAAAACCUGAGGUGGAAAUCAAACCUCUUCAGACUGAGGUUGAAUUUGAUGGACAAGGAAGUAAAUUCAAGAUGCCAAAGUUUGGAAUCAAACUGCCCCAAAUAAAAGGCCCUGAAUUUGAUCUUAGCUCGUCCAAGAAAGACAUUGAAGUCAAACUCCCUGAAGCUAAAGCUGGGGUCAAACUCCCAGAAGCUCCUGAGGUGAACCUCACUCUUCGAAGCGUAGAUGUUUCUAUUCCAGAACAAAUGUUGGAAAUAGGAAAACCUGAGCUGGAAAUCAAACCUCUGCAAACUGAGGUUGAUCUUGAGGGACAAGGAAGCAAGUUCAAGAUGUCAAAGUUUGGAAUCAAACUGCCCCAAAUAAAAGGCCCUGAAUUUGAUCUUAGCUCAUCCAAGAAAGACAUUGAAGUCAAACUCCCUGAAGCUAGAGCUGCUGUAAAACUCCCGGAAGCUCCUGAAGUCAAUCUCACUCUUGGAAGAGUAGAUGUUGCUAUUCCAGAACAAAAGGUGCAAGUUGGAAAACCUGAAUCGGAAAUCAAACCUCUGCAGACGGAGGUUGAACUUGAUGGACAAGGAAGCAAGUUCAAGAUACCAAAGUUUGGAAUCAAAAUGCCCCAAAUAAAAGGCCCUGAAUUUGAUUUGAGUUUGUCUAAGAAAGAUGGAGAUGUCCAACUACCAAAAGCUAAAGCUGGGGUCAAACUCCCAGAAGCUCCAGGGGUUGAUUUCACUCUUGGAACUGUAGAUGUUUCUAUUCCAGAACAAAAGGUGGAAAUCAAUAAACUUGAAGUGGAAAUCAAACCUCUUAAGACUGAGGUUGAUCUUGAUGGACAAGGAAGCAAGCUCAAGAUGCCAACGCUUGGAAUCAAAAUGCCAAAAAUAAAAGGACCUGAAUUUGACUUAAGCCUUUCAAAGAAAGACGCAGAUGUCAUACUACCAGUAUUUAAAGCUGACGGGAAACUUCCAGAUGUUCCUGAGAUUGAUGCCAGUCUUGGAAAUGUAGAUGUUUCUGUUUCAGCACAAAAGAUGGAGAUACCAAACCCUGAAUUGCAAGUCAAACCCCUGAAGAUCGACGGUCAACCUGACGGACAAGGAAGCAAGUUUAAAAUGCCAGAGCUAGGAAUCACAAUGCCACAAGUAAAAGGACCUGAGAUUCAUUUUGGUCUAUCAAAGAAAGAUGACGAUGUCACACUUCCAGAGGCCAAAGCUGAAGUAAAAGUCCCUGAAGUGAAAGCUAAAACAGCUGAGAUAAAAGUGACACCAAAACGUACAGAAGGUUCCGCAUUAAAAUUCAAGAUGCCAUCAUUCAAUCUACCAAAAUUUGGAAUUGGAGCUCCAAACAUCUCGGUAGAAGCACAUGAUAUCGAUAAAGAUGUUAAACUCGGUAGAGCUGACCUGAAAAUCCCAGAAGAGGAGUCUGCUAUUAGCAUAUCAGCUCCCAGCAUUGACAUUGAGGGUCUUUCAAUAGAUCUGAAAACAACUGGAGCUGAUCAGGCUGGACAAGGAAGCAAAUUGAAAAUGCCACAUCUUCCAAAGGUAAAAGGUCCUGAAUUCGAUUUAAGCUUUUCAAAGAAAGACGCACACAAAGCUGAUGUUACUCUUGGAAGCGUAGAUGUUUCUGUUCCAGAGCAAAAGAUGGAAGUUGGAGAACCUGAGCUGGAAAUCAAAGCUCUUCAGACUGAGGUUGAACUUGAUGGACAUGGAAGCAAGUUCAAAAUGCCAAAGUUUGGAAUCUCAAUGCCAAAAGUAAAAGGGCCUGAUAUCGAUUUAAGCUUCUCAAAGAAAGAUGUCAAAUCACCAGAGGCUACAGCUGAGUUUAAACUCCCAGUCGCUCCAGAAAUUGAUUUUAGGCUUGGAAAAGCAGAAGUAUCGAUUCCAGAUGUAAAGAUGGAGGUUGAAAAACCUGAACUGGAGAUGAAAUCCUUAGACACAGAAGUUGAACUUGACGGACAUGGAAGCAGGUUCAAAAUGCCAAAGUUUGGAAUCACAAUGCCAAAAGUAAAAGGACCAGAACUUGAUUUCAGCUUAUCGAGGAAAGAUGUAGAUGUCAGACUUCCAGAAGCCAAAGCAGAGGUCAGUCUCCCUGAUGUUGAAGUAAAGGAACCUUCUGCCAAAGUGGAGGUGAAAUCUCCUGAAAUCAAUGUUGCAACUAAAGAUACAAGUGGAUCACCCUCAAGGUUCAAAAUGCCAACUUUUAGUUUCUCUAAACCUAAAGUCAAAGUGCCUGAUAUAGAUUUAAACGUAUCAAAGAAAGACGCAGACAUCACAUCAACAGUCAAACUCCCAGAAGCCCCGAAAGUUGACGUUAGUCUUGGAAAAGCAGAAGUGUUGAUACCAGAAGUGAAAGUAGAAGUUAAAAAGCCUGAAGUGCAAAUCAAACCUUUGCAGGCUGAUGUUGAAUAUGAAGGACAAGGAGGCAAGUUCAAAAUGCCAAAGUUUGGAAUCUCUCUGCCGAAAGUAAAAGGGCCUGACGUUGAUUUAAGCUUCUCAAAGAAAGAUGUCAAAUCACCAGAGGCUACGGCUGAGUUUAAACUCCCUGAAGCUCCAGAAAUUGAUGCUAAGCUUGGAAAAGCAGAAGUUUCAAUUCCAGAUGUAAAGAUGGAGGUUGAAAAACCUGAACUGGAGAUGAAAUCAUUAGACACAGAAGUUGAACUUGACGGACAUGGAAGCAGGUUCAAAAUGCCAAAGUUUGGAAUCACAAUGCCAAAAGUAAAAGGACCAGAACUGGAUUUCAGCUUAUCGAAGAAAGAUGUAGACGUCAGACUACCAGAAGCCAAAGCAGAGGUCAGUCUCCCUGAUGUUGAAGUAAAGGAACCUUCUACCAAAGUGGAGGUGAAAGCUCCUGAAAUCAAUGUUGCAGCUAAAGAUACAAGUGGAUCACCUUCAAGGUUCAAAAUGCCAACUUUUAGUUUCUCUAAACCUAAAGUCAAAGUGCCUGAUAUAGAUUUAAACGUUUCUAAGAAAGACACAGACAUCACAUCAACAGUCAAACUCCCAGAAGCCCCGAAAGUUGACGUUAGUCUUGGAAAAGCAGAAGUGUUGAUACCAGAAGCGAAAGUAGAAGUUAAAAAGCCUGAAGUGCAAAUUAAACCUUUGCAGGCUGAUGUUGAAUAUGAAGGACAAGGAGGCAAGUUCAAAAUGCCAAAGUUUGGAAUCUCUCUGCCGAAAGUAAAAGGGCCUGACGUUGAUUUAAGCUUCUCAAAGAAAGAUGUAGAUGUCAAAUCACCAGAGGCUACGGCUGAGUUUAAACUCCCAGAAGCUCCAGAAAUUGAUGUUAAGCUUGGAAAAGCAGAAGUUUCAAUUCCAGAUGUAAAGAUGGACGUUGAAAAACCUGAACUGGAGAUGAAAUCCUUAGACACACAAGUUGAACUUGACGGACAUGGAAGCAGGUUCAAAAUGCCAAAGUUUGGAAUCACAAUGCCAAAAGUAAAAGGACCAGAACUUGAUUUCAGCUUAUCAAAGAAAGAUGUAGACAUCAGACUACCAGAAGCCAAAGCAGAGGUCAGUCUCCCUGAUGUUGAACUAAAGGAACCUUCUACCAAAGUAGACAUUAAAGCUCCUGAGAUUAAAGUUGCAGCAAAGGAUACGAGUGGAUCUCCUUCAAGGUUCAAAAUGCCAACUUUUAGUUUCUCUAAACCUAAAGUCAAAGUGCCUGAUAUAGAUUUAAACGUAUCAAAGCAAGACACAGACAUCACAUCAACAGUCAAACUCCCAGAAGCCCCGAAAGUUGACGUUAGUCUUGGAAAAGCAGAAGUGUUGAUACCAGAAGUGAAAGUAGAAGUUAAAAAGCCUGAAGUGCAAAUCAAACCUUUGCAGGCUGAUGUUGAAUAUGAAGGACAAGGAGGCAAGUUCAAAAUGCCAAAGUUUGGAAUCUCAAUGCCAAAAGUGAAAGGGCCUGAUAUCGAUUUAAGCUUCUCAAAGAAAGAUGUCAAAUCACCAGAGGCUACGGCUGAGUUUAAACUCCCUGAAGCUCCAGAAAUUGAUGUUAAGCUUGGAAAAGCAGAAGUUUCAAUUCCAGAUGUAAAGAUGGACGUUGAAAAACCUGAACUGGAGAUGAAAUCAUUAGACACAGAAGUUGAACUUGACGGACAUGGAAGCAGGUUGAAAAUGCCAAAGUUUGGAAUCACAAUGCCAAAAGUAAAAGGACCAGAACUUGAUUUCAGCUUAUCGAGGAAAGAUGUAGAUGUCAGACUUCCAGAAGCCAAAGCAGAGGUCAGUCUCCCUGAUGUUGAAGUAAAGGAACCUUCUGCCAAAGUGGAGGUGAAAGUUCCUGAAAUCAAAGUUGCAGCUAAGGAUACAAGUGGAUCACCCUCAAGGUUCAAAAUGCCGACUUUUAGUUUCUCUAAACCUAAAGUCAAAGUGCCUGAUAUAGAUUUAAACGUAUCAAAGAAAGACACGGACAUCACAUCAACAGUCAAUCUCCCAGAAGCCCCCAAAGUGGAUGUUAGUCUUGGAAAAGCAGAAGUGUUGAUACCAGAAGUGAAAGUAGAAGUUAAAAAGCCUGAAGUGCAAAUCAAACCGAUGCAGGCUGAUGUUGAAUAUGAAGGACAAGGAGGCAAGUUCAAAAUGCCAAAGUUUGGAAUCUCAAUGCCAAAAGUAAAAGGGCCUGACGUUGACUUAAGCUUCUCAAAGAAAGAUGUAAAUGUGACACUACCCGAGGCCAAAGCAGAAGUCAGCCUCCCUGAUGUUGAACUCAAAGACCCCUCUGCUAAAGUGGAAAUUAAAACCUCUGAGACCGAAGGUCAUGUGGACGGAUCGCCAUCAAAAUUUAAAAUGCCAACAUUCAAAUUUCCUAAAUUUGGAAUUGGCACCCCAACCGUCACUGCGGAGGUACCUGAUAUGGACAAAGACAAAGCUACAGUUGAUAUUGCAGCACAGAAGGUUGAUAUUGAGGGUCCAUCUCUUGAUGUGAAGAUGACAGCAACUGAAGGUGAGGGAAAAGAAAGCAAGUUCAAAAUGCCAAGUUUUGGAAUAUCCAUGCCAAAAGUGCAAGGGCCCAAAAUUGAUUUAAGCUUAUCCAAAGAUGUGGAUGUCAAAUCACCAGAGGCUACGGCUGAGCUUAAACUCCCAGAAGCUCCAGAGAUUGAUGUUAAGCUUGGAAAAGCAGAAGUAUCGAUUCCAGAUGUAAAGAUGGAGGUUGAAAAACCUGAACUGGAGAUGAAAUCCUUAGACACACAAGUUGAACUUGACGGACAUGGAAGCAAGUUCAAAAUGCCAAAGUUUGGAAUCACGAUGCCAAAAGUAAAAGGACCAGAAAUUGAUUUCAGCUUAUCAAAGAAAGAUGUAGACGUCAGACUUCCAGAAGCCAAAGCAGAGGUCAGUCUCCCCGAUGUUGAAUUAAAGGAACCUUCUGCCAAAGUGGAGGUGAAAGUUCCUGAAAUCAAAGUUGCAGCUAAGGAUACAAGUGGAUCACCCUCAAGGUUCAAAAUGCCGACUUUUAGUUUCUCUAAACCUAAAGUCAAAGUGCCUGAUAUAGAUUUAAACGUAUCAAAGAAAGACACAGACAUCACAUCAACAGUCAAACUCCCAGAAGCCCCGAAAGUUGACGUUAGUCUUGGAAAAGCAGAAGUGUUGAUACCAGAAGUGAAAGUAGAAGUUAAAAAGCCUGAAGUGCAAAUCAAACCAGUGCAGGCUGAUGUUGAAUAUGAAGGACAAGGAGGCAAGUUCAAAAUGCCAAAGUUUGGAAUCUCUCUGCCGAAAGUAAAAGGGCCUGACGUUGACUUAAGCUUCUCAAAGAAAGAUGUAAACUCACCAGAGGCUACGGCUGAGUUUAAACUCCCAGAAGCUCCAGAGAUUGAUGUUAAGUUUGGAAAAGCAGAAGUUUCUAUUCCAGAUGUAAAGAUGGAGGUUGAAAAACCUGAACUGGAGAUGAAAUCAUUAGACACACAAGUUGAACUUGAAGGACAUGGAAGUAAAUUAAAAAUGCCAAAGUUUGGGAUCACAAUGCCAAAAGUAAAAGGACCAGAACUUGAUUUCAGCUUAUCGAAGAAAGAUGUAGAUGUCAGACUACCAGAAGCCAAAGCAGAGGUCAGUCUCCCUGAUGUUGAACUUAAGGAACCUUCUGCAAAAGUGGAGGUGAAAGCUCCUGAGAUUGAAGUUCAGGUGGGCAGCAUGAAAGGAUCACCAUCAAAGUUUAAACUCCCAACAUUUAAAUUCCCCAAAUUUGGAGUUACUACUCCAAAUGUCAGUGCUGAAGUACCUGAUAUAGAACACGAAAUCAAGAUUGAUGGAGCUGGGAUAUCUGUGCCAGACACAGAAGUGGAAGUGAAAGGAGGGGAAGUGGAUAUAAAAGCACCAGAAGUGGAAGCAGAGAUUGACAGACAAGGAAGCAAGUUCAAAAUGCCAAAGUUUGGCAUCUCGAUGCCAAAGGUGACAGGGCCUGAAAUGGAUUUAAGUUCAUCAAAUAAAGAUGUAGACGUGAAAAUACCAGAGGCCAAAGCUGAAGUCAAACUCCCUGACAUUGAUCUGAAGCAACCGUCUGCUGAGGUGCAAAUCAAACCUCCUGAGAUCAAAGUUGUUACAAAGGACACAGAUGGAUCGCCAUCUAAAUUUAAAAUGCCAACAUUCAAAUUACCCAAAUUCGGAAUUGGCGCUCCAAGCUCCAGCAUGGAAGUACCCGAUAUGGACAAAGAUGUAAAGAUCAGUGGAGGUGACAUUGAAACUCCUAAAGAGGUUGUUGCAUUUGACAUUGCAGCACCAAGCAUUGAUACUGAAGGUCCAUCGAUAGAUUUGAAAACUACAGCCCCUGAACGCGAAGGAAAAGGAAGUAAGUUUAAACUGCCAAGUCUCAGUUUUUCUGUGCCUCAAGUCAAAAGCCCUGACAUGGAUUUAAGCUUAUCAAAGACCGGUGUAGAUGUGACUUUACCAGAAGCUAAAGCUGAUGUUCAGCUCCCUGAUGCUGAGGUGAAGGAACCAUCGGCCAAAAUUGAAAUUAAAGCUCCUGGAAUUGAAGUUCAUGGAAGUAAUGUUGAAGAAUCACCAUCAAAGUUUAAAAUGCCAACAUUCAAAUUACCAAAAUUUGGAGCUUCUACGACACCGGUCGGCGUGGAGGUACCUGAUGUGGACAUUAAAGUGGACGGGGAGGAUUUGAAAUUACCAGAAGUUAAAGCUGAAGUCAAACUUCCUGAUGUUGAAAUCAAAGAGCCGGUUCAGGGUUCGAUAUCAAUUGAUAUGGCAGAGGGUGAUGCAAAGGUGAAAAAGACAAGCUGGACAUUACCAACAUUUUCAUUUUCAAAGUCAAACAUUAAGAGCCCCGAGGCUGAGGUCAACCUUGUUACCCCAAAGGUUGAUGUUUCACUACCAGAGGUCAAAGCAGAGGUUCAUCUUCCACAUGUAGACAAAGAAUCAAGCAUUUCAGUAGAAGGGGCAGAACUUGAUGCCAAAUUGAAAAAGCCAAAGUUUUCAAUGCCCAAAUUUUCCUUUUCAAAGCAAAGUUCAAAAGAUCAUGAAGUUGAUGUCAGUCUUCCAGAAGCUGAUGUUUCUCAUCUAGAAGGAAAUGUUGAAGUUACAACAUCUGAUGUGGAUCUGAAGCCAUCAGAAGGUGACGUCAAACUAGACGGGCAGGAAAGCAAGUUUAAAAUGCCAAAGUUUGGCAUCUCAAUGCCAAAAGUAAAAGGACCUGAUAUAGAUUUAAGCUUCUCCAAGAAAGAUGUCGAUGUGACACAACCCAAGGCUGAGGUUGGAAUCCCAGAAGCAGAAGUCAAACUCCCUGGAGUGGAAGUCAAGGAAUCUUCUGCUAAUGUGGAGACUGAGUCUGGAGGAUCGCCAUCAAAGUUUAAAAUGCCAACAGUGAAAAUGCCGAAAUUUGGAGGUGCUAGCUAUGAGGUCACGGUAGAAGCACCUGACGCAGACAAAGCUGAAAUAGAUGGAGCUAAACUUGAGGAGGAUGUUCGUGUCGAGAUUAAAGCUCCAGGUGUUGAAAUUAAAACUGACUCUGAAACACCAAAGACUGAGACUGACAGUGCGGGUCAUGGAUCUCCGAGUAGAUUCAAACUACCAUCCUUCAAAAUGCCGAAGCUGAGUUUCUCAAAACCCAAACCUGAGGAGGAACAUGGUGACCACGACGGCCAAGAAGUUCAGCCCGAAACAGCAGAACAGACCAAAUCCCCAAACCUGACUCUGACAGCGAUUGGUGAAAUCUUCAAGAACAUUGAUGUUGAAUUUGAUGUUUCACCAGCAGACAAAGUGGAAGACAAUCUCGAAGCCUCAAAGGAAUCUCAUGAGACCAGUAAGCCCAGUGGAAAGCAGUUGGAUGCAAAGGAAAAGGAAACAAACGUCAAGGAGGACACUCCCAAAAGUCCCGAGAGGACAGGGUGGUUUAAAUUCCCAAAGUUCGGUCUGUCCUCCCCAUCGGAAUCUGCCAAGACGCCGGAAAAAGACGAACACAAGAAUGGAACGACCCCAGAAACCGGGGAUGAGGAAGUGAGCCCCACCUGCUCGGUCCAGUCCUCAGACGCUUUUGCUGACAUCAGCUCCACAAUGACCAGCGAGCUCGUCGGCCCGUCCAUAUCCUCCCCAACCAAGGUCACUGUCAAAUACUCUGAUCCCAGCGCUGCUCUGAGCCUCGAGGAGAUUCACGGCAACGUCAUUACUUCAACCACGAGGACCCAGGUGAUUUCCUUAGAGCCACAUCUGCCCGAGAAAAUCACCAUCCUGUCAUCGGAAGUUUCAUCGUCAUCAGAAGACACGUUCAGGCCGGCUCCGGGAUUAUUAGACGCCAUCACGGCAAAGCUCGGAAGACGUGCUCAGCUCCGAUCUCCCGUCCAGUCACAGGGUGAGGGAGCUGCUUCGUGGGCGGUCGAAGAUUCACUCGAGAAGUGGUCGCUCUUCGGUGACGACUUUGUUCGAGAAACAUCGAGUGAAAGAAGUGAGAGCAAGGAAACAAUCGUCAUAACCAAACAAAUUACACGUGUGUUCGAAUCCUCAGAGGAAACAUCCAGUGACGCGGCCACAUCCAUCCAGCGACUGAGAGACUCUGUGCACUCGGACAAAAUGAGGUUCUUCGACGGAGCCGAGAAGUGAACUAACUUGUAGGUGAUGUGUAAAGAUGAUUGGUGGGUGAGAGAUUUCACUGGUGAUGUUCACAUGAGAGGAACACGUGUGUAGAAGGUCGUUUUAAAGUGUAACUGUCCUCCGGCUGCAUGUUUCUGACUCUGAAGAGAUUCGUUCAUGUGAUCACGUUGUUAAUAAGCAGAGUAACUGAAGAACCUGGUUGCACAUGAGGUCACGGCUUCACCGAUAUGUUUGCUUUGUGGUAUUUGACUAAACUCAGCUGUCGUUGGCUCAUCAGAACCUAAUCUCUGUGGUUUCAUAGUUUUUAACGUACAUUUCCGAUCGGAGUUACUUGUGCUCUUAUUAAUCCGAUGUUGAACAAUCUGCUCUUUUAAUUUAAAAAUCAAAUCAAUGUUACCGACAUUCCACCGUAUUUUUACGAUAAUUUCAAUGUAAAGUUAGUCGGCAGCAGAAAACAGCUAAAAAUACACUAGUGCAGUAAAUGUAAAAAAAAAGAAAUGUGUACAUGUAUCACCAAGAUAUUCUUAAAUAGCUAAAAUGUAAAGAAACAAAAGCAAUGCAAAGCUGAAACACGUAUAUGUUUGUACUGCAGCUGCAAAUAUAUUUUUUACUAAUACUUUGCUACUUAGAACCUAAUUUGCUACGAUAAAAUGAUUAUAUUGUUUUUUCUUUUAUUAUCAAAUAUUGAGCUGGCUUUGUAAAUAGCUUUCAACGACCUCUGGAGUUUAUUUGUUUACUGCUCCUGUUUGUAUUCGAAAAGGCUUUAACCUGAUGUGUUAGCAGAGUUAUACAAAAUAAAUAAAUAAAGAUUAUAAUAUCGACAAUGUGUUGACAG